GUCGGAUGCCAUUGCCGUUCAAUUCAUCGCUGCGGGGCAAAACGAAGUGGACGAGUCUUGUUAGUUGUAUUUUUUGUUCGAUUGCUCUCGGAUACGUUGUGAAGUUUUUUACGUUAAACUAAACCUUUGUUAGUGAAUGUCAAAAUUCGAUUCAUCUUGUAACUUUCGGAUAUUUGAUUGUUUGGGUCAAAAGCGUUUCUUUGAUGACGACCAAGUUAUUCUAAACGACACAAUGGCCAGAGAACCUGUCAUUAUAAAUGUCUAUGAUAUGUACUGGAUCAAUGGCUAUACCUCUUCACUUGGAUUAGGUGUGUUUCAUUCAGGAAUUGAAAUCUAUGGAACAGAAUAUGCUUAUGGUGGUCAUCCAUAUCCCUUCUCAGGAAUCUUUGAAAUCACUCCUAGAGACGCAGAAGAAUUGGGGGAACAGUUCAAAUUCAAGCAAGUCAUUCAUCUGGGUUACACAGAUUUCACUGAAGUUGAUGUUCAGCGAAUUGUAACAGAACUGGGAAAAGAGUUUAGAGGUGAUAAAUACCACUUAAUGAACCGUAACUGUAAUCAUUUUUCAAGCGCACUAACAGGGAUUUUGUGUGGGAAAGAGGUUCCUUCGUGGAUAAACCGACUUGCAUAUUGGAGCACAUGUAUACCAUUUUUGGAAAGGUGUUUGCCUCAAGAAUGGUUAACUCCAGUUGCCUUGCAGCAAACAAUAAACCAACGAAAUGAAAACAAUGGUGAACUUCAGCCGAAAUAGAAGUGGAAAAUCUCUCUUUGUGUCUCGCCCCUUAAAAUUUCCCCCCAUCGGUAUAUCCUGUUCAUCGUACUAGUCUUUCCUAUUUGCUUUCUUUUGAAAUCAUCAUCAUCAAGUCAAAAAUGGAUUGUACGAUCUAGGGAAUAUUGCACGUCUAGAUCACAGCAGUUGUCAGGUUACGCGCGACGAUCCAUAUUAUUGCCAAUUUAUUCCACUUCCAUGCUAUAACUUAAACUCUUUUCUUCGGACCCAGUUUCUCUCAACUGCCACUGUAUGUCUAAAAAAUCCAUCGUACCAUAGACUCACUCGUUCCUCACAUAUAAUAGCGCAAUUCAAUGAAAUCGAUGAAAUACACAAAAACAA